CCCAUCUCAAUCUCAUCUUCUUCCUUCGCCAUUCCUCCCAUUCCACCUCUCUCUCUCUCCCUCUUUCCCUCUCUCGGUUUCUUCAAGUCAUUUUCCAGCUUAAUGGCGGGGUCUUUGAUGAAGGGUAACUAGCCAUUGAAAGGCGGAGCAAAUGGCGGGGCAAUAUUGAGUACUGACCCGGCAAAGCAAACCCCCUCAAUUAAUAAAGAAGAAACAAUGGAGGAGGGCCGAGGCGUUUUUGUAAGCUCAACAGCCGGUUCUCUCCUGAUCAUGGCUAGUAUCAGCAGCUGAAGGGUCGGGUAACUGCCUUCCCUCCGUUUCUUUGCUUCACUUUCUACCUCUUGAGCUGAGGAAACUGCUGAGAAAGAGAUUAAGACUUUGGUUGCGGCAAUUCAUCAAACACCUUGCGACUCCAUCACUCCAAGAUAAAAAGAGGUUUUACGUUUGCAUAACUUGGCGCCCCCAUGUCGAGCAAUAAUUCGUAUGCAAUGGAGAGGAGAUCAUUUCCUAGGAGCCCUUUGCUGAAGAAUUCCAUGCCCAGUAGUCCCUAUCACAUGAGCCCUAUGCUCAAGAGUCCCAUGCCGAAGAGCCCUGCUCGUUGCGAGACCUACAAGUCUAGGUGUGCUCACUGUUUGCUUGGUUUCUUCCGGUUUCGACAUAGCAAUUCGAAGAAGCUGAUUUCGGACAGCAGGAGUGCUAGCAGGCAGUAUGGUGAUGAUCGAUCUGCGAGAAAUAAACUGGAUUGGCACCCUGUCGUUGAUGAAAAAUGUGAAUGCAUCAAUACUCAAGGGGAUCCUAGGAACGCUGGACUUAGAUCUGGUCAUAAAGAGAUGCAGAAAAUCAAAGGGCAAGAUGUAAAAUCCGAUUCUAAAAGUGUUAGUAGCAGAACAAAGCGCCACAAGAAGCGUAGAAGGGCUCGACGUUUGCCUAUAUAUGGUUGUUACGAUGUGGCAACUAUGGGAUUUGGGAAAACAGUUCCUGAACGGUUGAUGGACAGAUCAUCAAAUGAAGAAGAGUCCAGGGUUGCAGUAAAUAAGGAUCCAAGUGAUUCUAGUACUCCUCCAAAGGAAGAGAUCAAUCUUCAAGUCCAUAUGAACGAAGCAGCUGAAGCAUUUAUAAAUCAGAGAUUUACUGAUGGGCGACUCCUUGGUGAAGACGAAGGCAAAGUCCAGUCGAAACAUUUCUUGGAUGCAUUAGGUGUUCUGAACACUAAUAAGGAUUUAUUUGCGAAACUCCUACGAGACCCCAACUCUCUACUGGUGAAACAUAUAGAAGACUUGAGAGAUUCUCGGCAAAAGGUAUCGGCCAUUGCUAAUGAGCCUCUAGAGACAAUUGUACUGUUGAAGCCUGAUGUAAACAAGUGCGACUCUUCUGUAGAUCAGCUUGUUCUAAGUACGGUGCAACAAAGUGCGAGGCCUGCAUUCUCUUCCUUCACACAAAUGAAAAGGAAGUUGAUGAAGGCAAUUGGAUCACGCAGAAAAGCUCGUCCAUUAAUACAAGAUGACUAUCCAGAGAACAAGGGUAAACAAGGGAUGGAAGAAUGUGACCAAGGAUCAGAACUGGAGAUUGCUGAAACCAACUUGCUUGAGCAAAGUUCUCCUCGGGAGAUCCAAACUAAGAGUAAAGAAAACAGGCUAAGACAGAUUGAGACAGCUGUGAGAAAAGAGUCCAGUCCAAGCAGCUGUAAUAGGAGCUCAACAGUUGUCCUUCUAAGGAAGGACAGACCCAAAACCUGGGAUGGAAUAUGCUCUAUUGACGAGGUUGAUUCCUUGCAUACAGUUGGUCCUCGAGGAAAGAGGGAGCUUGGCUUUGUCACCCCCCAAAUGAGAAUCUCACCUUCCAGCAAUUCUCAAAUAGUACAAGAGAGCAAGUGUAGGAAUCAAAGAGGAAUAGAAAUCAACUGCCCAAGUCCUCUAAGGCAAAGCCUAGAGGCUACGCGUUGGGUGGAUGCUAGGGAAAGCUUUGAGAUGCUUGAAACAGAAUCAGCCAAGCCGGAUGGAUUCAGUUCUAAUGGUGAAGGGAGUGAGGGCUCUUCUGCUUGUGAUAACAUGCAUAUUUCAUCCCAAGCUUGUGCCAGCCCUGAAGGACAAGGUGACAUACAUUUUGAAGGCAUUAGUCCUCCUAGAACGCUUUCUGAUGGCAGACAUGAAUGUGUAGAUGCACCAAGACCAUUCGAUCCCUUGAGACCGGACUAUUUGUUUGAAAGCCAAGUAAUGCCAUCUUCAGAAGCUGAUUAUAUGUCAAGCCCGCCACAGGCCAGUAGGAUUGAAGGUCUGGAUAUAAAAAUUGAGGACAAGCCAGAACAUCCUAGUCCAGUUUCUGUUCUUGAGCAAUUCUGCACUGAAGAUAUCACUAGCCCCGUGAGCCAAAAGUCUAAUCCUGUUGAUCCAUCAGACCUGUCAAUCCGAACUGUAUUUCAAGAAAAAUGCUCUGCCACUGUUCAGCACCCAGCUCUGAACUCUGAUCCAUCUCUGGAAGAGCACAGAUCCAUGUCAGGACACAUUUCCUCCAUAUUGCAUGCUGCGAUCUCGAGUUGGGACGAGCUCCUAUUGAGGUGUUAUUUCUCAGACCCGCUUCUCCUAGAAAUUGUACUUGAUGAAGUGGAUAUCUGCUUGUGCAACGAUCGAAUACUCUUUGAGUACAUCAAUGAAGUUCUUCUGGAGGCCUACGACCAUUGUCUGAGAUGCUCUCCUUGGCUUUCAUCAACGGAAUCAAAGCUUCGGCCAGUUUCAGUAGCCGAGAAUGCAACUCGAGAAGUGAUGAGAUGCAUCGACUGGGACCUCUUUCUGCACCAUCCCAUGGAAACUGUGGAGGAGAUCAUCGUGAAGGACUUGGUUAAUUCGAGGACAUGGAAGGACUGCAAAGGUGAAACUGAUGACAUUGUUAGAGACACAGUAGAAAGUAUUAUGCAAGACUUGAUCAUGGAGUCUGCUGAGCUAAGCAACUCGGCCCAUUAACACAACAGCAACAAAAAGAUUUCUCAUCCACUCCCGCCACCCUAAAACCCUAACGAAAGCCCUCCCCUGAAAAAACCCCCUUCCGCCGGAGCCGAACAAUGGACCCAAAGGCCGUGAAAUCCGACCUCGUCCUAAUCCUCGACUACGGCUCCCAGUAUACCCACCUCAUCACUCGCCGGAUUCGCGCUCUCAACACCUUCUCCCUCUGCAUUUCCGGCACUUCCACCCUCGACGCCAUCACUUCCCUGAACCCCAAGGUCGUUAUUCUGUCCGGGGGGCCGCACUCCGUUCACACGGCCGACUCGCCCAGCUUCCCGGAUGGGUUUGUUGAUUGGGCGCUGGAAAACGGCGUCUUCGUGCUGGGAAUCUGCUACGGGCUGCAACUGAUUGUGCAGAAGUUGGGAGGGGAAGUGAGGGUUGGGACGGAGCAGGAGUACGGGAAGAUGGAGAUUGAAGUGGUGGGGAAUUCGGGUAUUUUUGGGAAUAAGAAGGUUGGGGAUAAGCAGGUGGUUUGGAUGAGUCAUGGCGACGAGGCUGCUCGGUUGCCGGAAGGGUUUGAAUUGGUUGCCAAGAGCCGGCAAGGGGGAGUUGCUGCUCUUGAAAAUCGGGAGAAGAGGUUUUACGGUUUGCAGUAUCACCCGGAGGUGACUCAUUCGCCGGAGGGGAUGGACACGUUACGGCAUUUCCUGUUUGAUAUUUGUGGAGUGGCAGCUGGUUGGAACAUGGAAGAUGUCUCCGAGGAAGAAAUUAGGGCGAUUAAAGGAACAGUAGGGCCUGAAGAUCAUGUGAUAUGUGCUUUAUCUGGUGGUGUUGAUUCCACAGUUGCUGCAACACUGGUGCAUAAGGCAAUCGGUGAUAGGCUUCAUUGCAUUUUUGUUGACAAUGGCUUAUUGAGGUAUAAGGAGAGAGAACGAGUGUUGGAAACUUUUGAGAAGGAUCUUCAUCUCCCUGUUACUUGUGUUGAUGCAUCGGAACAGUUUCUUGGUCACUUGAAGGGCGUGACAGAUCCCGAGGUGAAAAGGAAGAUAAUUGGGAGGGAAUUCAUUAACAUCUUUGAUGUUUUUGCCCAUGAUUUGGAGCAAAAGCUAGGAAGGAAACCUGCUUACCUUGUCCAAGGAACUUUAUAUCCAGAUGUCAUUGAAUCUUGCCCACCUCCCGGCUCCGGAAGAACUCACUCACACACAAUCAAGAGUCAUCAUAAUGUUGGAGGACUCCCAAAGGACAUGAAAUUGAAGCUUAUUGAGCCUCUCAAGCUUCUAUUUAAAGAUGAGGUCCGUGAGUUAGGGAGGAUCUUAGAUGUUCCCGUGGGAUUCCUGAAGCGUCACCCUUUCCCCGGGCCUGGCCUUGCAGUUAGAGUGUUGGGUGAUGUAACUCAGGGCAAUGCCUUGGAUGUCCUACGCCAGGUGGAUGAGAUUUUCAUCCAGUCUAUCAAGGAUGCCGGGCUUUAUGAUACUAUUUGGCAAGCUUUUGCAGUAUUCCUUCCCGUGAGAACUGUCGGAGUUCAAGGAGAUCAAAGAACACACUCUCAUGUUGUUGCCCUUAGAGCCGUCACAAGUCAAGAUGGAAUGACAGCCGAUUGGUAUUACUUUGAGCACAAGUUCCUCGAUGAUGUUUCCCGCAAGAUCUGCAACAGUGUACGUGGAGUAAACCGAGUUGUUCAGGAUAUUACAUCAAAGCCUCCAUCAACAAUCGAGUGGGAGUGAUGCCAACCUCAGGUGUUAAUGUUUUGGGGGAGAAACAUGACUAGUUGGAUCUCGAGGAUGUGUAGCGAGUAGUGAUUGACUGAUGAGUUAAUAUGGUUACUAUAUUUAUGUCCCCAAAAGGGGUUAUUUUGGCUGGGGGCUUUGGCAAGCAAGGAAAGAGUGGGCUGAGACGCUGAGUGAACGAUGGUUCACAAUGUGCCUGGUUCUUAUUUCUGUUGAUUGAUCCCAGGAUUGCAGAGAUUUUGUACCCCUCCCUUCUUUUGCUUUGCUUUCCGUUGAGCAGAUACACAAAAGGGGAAUAUAAUUUUGUUUCGUGCUUAUGAUUAGAUAUUCGUUAAGACUUAAGAGUUUUGAGACGUCAUAAUUAUACCAUAACUGCUGCUCUCAACUUGUUACCUUCAAUUGCACUAGCAUAUGUUGCUGUCCCGUCAACUGGUGACAUAGAGGGAAGUUUGCCUCAUCAUUAAGCGGACAAGCUACAAGAAUUUCUUCUGGACAGUUUGGUUAAAGAUUUACAUUGCUAAUCAGAAAUUCAUG